UGAACGUACCUCUCCAAAUUUGUUGUAGAAACUCUUUCAGAAAGAAAAAAUCUGGUAGAAUUAAAAGUCCAGUAAACUGCAGUUUAAUGCGUCCAGCAUUUUAUAAUUGCAUUCCAAAAAAAUAAAAGUUCAAAAUAAAAAUAUCAUAUAUUUAGUUGGUUCAAUUUAAAUAGAGUCCAACUAAGAUCAUUUUUACAACAAAGUGUGUCGGAUCUAUGUAUAUUUGCAAUUAACAUUAGUAAUAUCGUCGGAAUAGUCAUAAUUAGUUCUAGCGGGCUCGGAAGGGUCUUCUCAGUCUCUAAACAUACAAUACAACCGUUUGUUAUAGUAACGUUGGCAAACCAGGAGCUGAAGUAAAUCCAGACAGUAAUAUCAUGGCGCUGACAGAACACGAUAAUGUAUUCUUUUUUAUUCCAAAUUUAAUUGGAUAUGCUCGCAUUAUACUAGCGUUGAUAGCUUUCUGGUGCAUGUCUACUAAUUAUGUGGCGGCCGGAUGGUGCUACGUCAUUAGCGCUCUACUAGAUGCCGUGGAUGGGCAUGCGGCGCGUGCAUUUAAUCAAAGUACACGUUUCGGCGCGAUGUUGGAUCAAUUGACCGAUCGUUGUGGUACUAUGGGUCUUCUGGUGACGCUCAGCUACUUUUACCCCAAAUAUAUGUUCUGGUUCCAGGUCUCAAUUGCCAUUGAUAUUGCUUGUCAUUGGCUUUAUAUGCAAACGAGCGUCAUGGUAGGAAAAACAUCGCACAAAUCAUUCGAUGUUAAGGAGAAUAUAAUAAUGCGUACUUAUUAUCAGAAAAAUGUGCUUACAUUUAUGUGCUGCGCUAAUGAACUCUUUUAUGUUUGCCUGUAUCUUUUAUAUUUCACUUAUGGGCCAUUAAUCUUUGGAAUGUCCUUGUUCAAACUUUUGGCUAUCCUCAUGGCGCCAUUUGCUCUACUGAAGUCUUUAAUCUCCUGCUUGCACGCUUAUGUAGCCAGUAUUGACUUGGUCGCUUUAGAUAUGCGCGAACGUGCUUCAAAGCGUGAGAAGGAGGAGGGCAAAAAGGCAGAAUAAUUCUACCUGUUGGAUUCUUCGAAAUAAUUUUGUGAUGUAUAUAAUUUUAUACAAAUUUAUAUAUCGAUCAUUUGCGCGUUUCGCUAAAAUAUUAUUAAUAUUAUGAGUGUUGUUUAGUCGUAUUUAAUUUAAUUUAUUUUGUAUUUAAAAUGCAAUAUUUUUUCCUUAAAUUUAAAUAGUUAAUUUCUAUUAUUUAUUCUAAGGCUUAAAAGUGUACCUACAUAAUUAAUUAUUAAACUUCAUGUAUUAUUUCGAAUUGAGGUCACCUUUUCUAAAAAAAGGGUAAAAACUUAAUGUGAACAUUAAUUAAACAAAAACGUAGUAAUAUUUUUAUUUUGACUAAGUGGAUAAUAGACAUAUGUUAAACAAAAUAACUGCAUGGAACAAAAUUAUUCAUUAUCUGUAGACGUUUAAUGUUAAAAAAUUGUAAUUUAUUGAUGAGUAAAAAACGAUAUUGAAAUAUAAUAUAUGCUGUGAAAAAUUUAUGAAUUUCUUCCAAGCAACCAAAUUGAAUGUAAUUUGAUAUGUGUAAUUUAAAAUAAGAUAUUUAGCGAAAAGAGUUCAAACUUGAAGAAAAUUUGAAAAUGGAGAGCCAUAUAUAGAGUAUUUGUAUGUACAAUUUACUAAUUAAAAUAUCUGAAUUCAUGGAUGUACCUCUCACAUUUUAUGCUUAAUGCACAUUUGUUGUGAAAAAAAUCUUCUUCAAUUCCUAUAUAUGAAAUCUAUAAUAAACAACACUGAAUGUCUCAAA